AUAAAGACUGAAGAGUUUUCAGCUUCUCCAAAAAGCUGAUACCUCUGAUGCUGAAGUACUGAGUGUGACCAACUCGGGCCACCUGCUUGUCAGCGGAAAAAUGAGUUUGCGGCGCUCUGCACUCUUGAGUGCCAUUUCGUUGAACGUCUCCUGGGUGAAGUUGCCUGCUUUGUGGCCAGAGCUGCAGAUGGUGCAUGGAAGGCUCAGGUGCUGCUUCUUGGAAACCUACUUGUAUAAAUGUCCUUACAUUUAGUCUCUGUGAUUAAUGACUGUUUCAUUUUUACAGCCUCUGAUUACCAUUUACAAUGUGGCUUGCUCAUCCUGGCAGUCAGCCUGAGUAAGGCAGUUGUACCUUCUUUUAAUAGGAACUCUGACCUGUGCAAAACGACUCAUCAUUAAUGCAUCUCUGUAAUGGUUUAUUUCUGCUCCUUUCCAUGCUUUUCUGUCUAAUGGUUUUGUAUGCUGUUUUUUGCUUAGCUUAUCAAGCAGCAGAUUAUCUCUCUCCAGUUUAGGAAGGUAAAACUACAUUGCAUUAAACUUCUCUGACCAAGCACUUUGCUGAAUCUGACUGCAUGUGAUUAAUCUGUAAUGCUUUGGUACUAAUUAAAGAGAGCACUGAAGUGAUGUAACGGCCUUAUUCUGCAUGACUGGAUCUCUUAAUACUUGCAUGAACUGCAGACAGCGAAGUGAGUGUUUGUCAUAAAUCCUGUGUCAGGUGCAAGAAAUAUUCAUCUUUCUUAGCCAAAGGAUGGGUAUACAGUUUGUUCAGCUAUUUCUUGAUAUUAAAGUGAGACUUCCAUACAGAGACGCAUUAAAAAGUAGAACAUGCGGCUGCGCUGAGAUGCAAUCAAAGAAGAAAUGUUCUUCUUUCCCCACCAUCCUGUGCUUUAUCAUGAAGAUUCUCCUUCCUUUGGACUCUGCACUGAACCACACUUGUGCAGUUGUACUUUGCCUCUGGCAAAACAGCACAUUUGGAAGUCAGUUGGCGUUAAUGAUUUGCUGCAGAAGCGGGUAGAGGACUGACUGUGGAGGGAAAGGCCUCUGCAGAAUGCUCCUGUAGUUCUGGGAUUGUUAACCAAAAGGAGCACCUUCUGCGCAAUCAUUUCUCAGCUGACGGAGGAAACCCAGCCACUAUUUGAAACCACUAUCAAAUCCCGUUCUGUGUCCGAGGAUUCUGAUGCUAAAUUCACGUGCAUAGUGACAGGAUACCCACAGCCAGAAGUGACCUGGUAUAAGGAUGAUGAAGAGAUGGACCGCUACUGUGGUUUACCCAAGUAUGAGAUUUUCCGUCAUGGAAAUCGCCACACCCUGCAGCUGUAUAAGUGCAGAGAGGAAGAUGCAGGCAUUUACCAGGCCUCAGCUAGAAAUAACAAAGGCAUCGUAUCCUGCUCUGGUGUGCUGGAAGUGGGAACCAUGACGGAGUUCAAAAUCCAUCAGAAGUGGUUUGCCAAAAUUAAGAGAAAAGCUGAAGAAAAACUGCGAGAAAUAGAACAGGGCAAGAAACGAGGGAAAGAAAAUGUGGAGGUGGAGAAGUUGCAGAGGAUGAGCCCCGAUCGGCUCCAGAGAAAGCGGAGGCUGACUAGGGAUCUGAAUUUCCGGUCAGGAACCUCCUCAUGGGAGAAAGAGGAUGUGGCAAAAGUGCAUGUUGCUGAUUCUCAGUCCAGAUUACAUGAGGAUAUUGCUGAGCCGAAGGAACCACCUGUAAAUGCGAUGACUGGCUUUUCAAACAAAUUGAUAACACCUUUGAAAGCAGAAGUGACCGCCAAUGGAGAUGUCUCUCUGGAAAGUGGGGAGGAGAAUGGGAACAGCUUUCUUGCAUACAUCUAUGAGACAGUGGAGGACCUAAAAGCCAAGCCCAUGGCCAAAGACUCUGCUGCCAGAAAGAAAAAGAAGGUAGUGGAACCUCCAGGAGCAAAACAGGAAGUUUCAAAGAAAGAAGAAAGUGGAAGAGAUAAGGUGAACCCCUCAUCAAAUCCAAGGUUUGCCCCUCCUGUCCCCUUGCGCAGGAACACACGUUUGAGGGUAGCAAAUGAUCAAGAGGUGGAAAAUAUUCCAAAAACCAAAGAGUCUGGAAAACCUAUGAAUCAGGACACUAAAACUAAUGCAUAUCAACAGAGCUUGCCACCUUCCAAGAGUGACGUGCACUUCUCUUUGAAAGAGAUGUAUUUCGAUAAUCAAAAGAAACCCGCAGUGGGGAAGGAGGAGGCAGGGGCUACAGAAGAAGCUGUGAACGAGGCUGUGCUGCAGCCCGUGGGCAUCAGCAGACAAGCAGAGAGUACUUCAUCUCCCUCAAAAGUGUCAAAGGCAGGACAUGACUCAUCUGAGGGACAGAAAGGCCAGCGUAAAGAACCGAAGCCAGAGGGAAACAAAGCCCCUGAUCCGCAGGUUGCAGUAACAGUGGGACAGUCUGCUAGUGACUUAAAACAUCCAGUGUCUGGUCCAACGGUAGACACUGGUCAGCAAGCCAACAAGUGUGAGGAGGUCAGGAAAGAGACACCCAUCUGCCAGGAGACCAGGGGGUCUGGAAAAAGGACAAAUCCUAGGCUGAGGCUUCAGCAACCAUCAACGCAACCAGCACCUACUCCUGACCACACACAGCCUAGCAAGGAGCACCCUCCCUCUUGGAAACAAGCAGAAGGACAUUCCCAGACUCUCAAAGGCGAAGAGACCCAACAAGGACGGUCAAAUCAAGAGAACAAGAGCCAAGUUGAAAAAGAGCCAUUGCUAAACAAAUCGAGUGCUCCAGCACCUGGAGAUAAUAUUCCUCUUGAGCAAAGUGCCCAUCUGACGGCAAUAAAGCAUGGGGAGAGCAAAGAGGCAGGAGCACAGCUGCCUGGGAGGCAGCCCCAGGCGGAGGCAGAAGGGAGCUGUGCAGCGGAGCCGUCUCCUGGGGCUGCAGGCAGGGAGGUGGCAGGGACGCCUUUGGUGCUUCAGGAGGCUGAAAUGCCAGCUCCUGUUUCAGUCCAAGCUUCCAAGGAAGAGCCGCUUCCUGCUCCUGCAGCAGGGAUGUCGGUGCUUCAGGAAGCACCGACUGCAGCUCACAGCACCCCAGGGAAAGAGGCUGCAGCAGGGGGAAUCCCGUCUGGAGCCCAGCUGCUGCCAGAUGUGAGCAAAGAAAUGGAAAUCAAAAAGGCAGAUGAAUCUGCCUUACAGGAGAAGUUUCCCGUGAGAUCUUCAGGGGAGGAGAGUGCCAAACCAGUGCCUGUAGGACCUCAAAGAAAGGAAGGAGGAGAGCAAAGAGCUGCAGCUCCAAGCCAGGAGCCAGCAGCACCUUCAGGCACUUCUGAAGGAAGCACUGAGGUCCAGCCACAAGUACCGCUGGUUCUGCCGAGUCCUGAGAGACCUCAGGAGACGUCUUUGGAGGAGAAGAUGCAGCACAAAAACCUUGUGUCUUCCUUGAAGAACUAUCUACUUCUGCUUUUAAAAAUAUCAGAUAGCAGUAAGGAUGUCAUGAAAGAUGACACUGACCUCAAUGAAGAGGAGCAAGCUGCUGUGGAGGAAGCAGUGCUCCCAGAAAUUGGCAUUGCAGGCCUGAGCCCCCGAACCUCAAGGAAAGUUUUGGAGAAGGUACAAAACAAUCAGCUCUUCCAGACAGCAGAAAACUUGCUUCUGACUCCCAGGACAUCCAGGCGGAUCACGGGUAUGAUCAAUGAGGAAUUCGUUACCAGCAAGGAGAUGCUGGCUUGCAGGCCUGUGCCACCAAAGAGACGUACCAGGGUAGCUCCUGAGGUGGAGGGGCCACUCCAACUCUCUGUGCCUUCUAUCGUGGUGGGCAGCAUGCCAGCAGCAGGAGCAGGGCAGCCUCCUAACAAUAUUUCUGAUUUGCAUCCAGCGAGCUGUGAGAAAGAGAGCCCUGCUGACCCUCUUGCGAUGCUGCCUUGUGCUACCCCAGAGGAGCUUGCUUCUGGGGCGCGACGCAAAAUAUACCUGCCAAAAACCAAGCAGGUGGGGGAGGAAGAGGAUGCAACCGCAGAGAGCCAAGGGCAUAUGAAAAGUCCUACUGUUUCGCCACGGCAAUCCAGGAAGAAUGCAGCCCUAUUGCAAACCCCUGUCCUGGCUCCGUCCCCUCCUACAGAGCAGCGCUCACCAACCCUCAUGAGAAAGAUGGCCACAUUGGAGGUCCCUAAGCUGUAUGAGGAGCCCACAGGUGAUGGCAGCAGUGACCGUGAAGUUCCUGAAGAUAUUAAGCCAGAAGUACAACUGGCAGAGUCCAAGAAAGAAAAUAACCCAUUUAAAGCUCCACAGGUGAUUCGUAAGAUCAGGGCAGAACAAUUUUCCGAUGCAUCAGGAAACCUGAAACUUUGGUGCCAGUUCUUCAAUAUUUUGAGCGAUUCUAAGCUGAUGUGGUACAAGGACGAGAUCCCUGUAGCAGAAGCCCAAAGGAGUGCCGGUGACGAGGGCCAGGCAGCCUUGGCUAUUGUGCAGGCAUCCCGGAAGGACUGCGGGGUCUACCAGUGUGUGAUAAGCAAUGAGUACGGCACUGACUCCACUGAUUUUUUGCUCAGCCCAGAAGUGCUGUCAGGAUUUAUCUUGCGGGAAGAGAUCGAAGUUGGUGAGGAGAUCGAGAUGACGCCCAUGGUGUUUGCGAAAGGCUUGGCUGACUCGGGCUACUGGGGGGACAAGUUCUUCGGGCGUGUUGUGAGCGAGGACAUGGAAGUGGGUGCCGGCUUCCUGCGCAAAGCCUGCCGUGCCAGGGCCAUCUACGGCCUGGAGCCUGUCUUUGAGUCUGGCCGGACCUGCGUCAUCAAAGUGCACAAUUUCAUUGUCUUUGGGACCAAGAAUGAGAAUAGCCUCAUCGAGAAGAACUACGAUAUCACCAUCCAGGAAUGUAAAAUCCAGAACUCCAGCCGAGAGUACUGCAAGAUCUUUGCUGCUGAGGCACGAGCCAUCCCCGAUUUUGGAGCAGUGCCUGAGAUAAUUCCUCUGUACCUGAUUUACCGACCGGCUAACAACAUCCCUUAUGCCACGGUGGAGGAGGAUCUGGGGGGCCCCUGCGAACAGUACUGUGUCACCGAGAGAGACGGCAGCCUGGUGGCAAGGGGCACCUCAGAGAUUGUGCUCAAGUGCUGCACCUUCCAGCACUGGGUCUACCAGUGGACAAAUGGAAACAUCCUUGUGACUGACAUGGAAGGGGUGGGAUGGAAGAUGACCAAUGUGAGGAUAGCUACCAAUCUGAAAGGGUACCAGGGGCUGAAGGAAAGCUGCUUCCCAUCCCUGUUGGAGCAAUUCGCAGCUACUCACCAGUGUAACCACUACUGUGCCAUCCUGGGCCUGAAGACUCUGGAGCCGGUGAAGCCCAAGGGGUCCAAGAGCCCCUCCAUGGGCAGGAAGUCCACCCAGUCCAGCCCCCAGCUUCCAAAGAAGGGCCUGGCAAGUCCCCAGGGCACCCGCAAGGCUUCUGUGAGCCCCAAGAGCUCCCGGAAAGCGGGAGAAUCGGGGGAGGCCCAGGCAGCCUCCAAACUCAGAUCUGGAGAGAGCGGCAAGUCCGGCCACCCUCAGUAGCCAGAGCCGCCUCGGCUGGGACUCUGCUCGGGCCCUGCGCCCAAGCAGCCGGGAGGCAGCGUGCACCUCCGCACCCCGUUGGGAAGGGGGAGACCCCAGCAGCAGCCGCUGCCGCCACUCUCCUUCCUUCGGCUCCUGCCCCGGCUCGUAGCGUUUGUGUUGUGUGUGGUGUGCUAGCGAAAGAGCGACCUGGCUGGAUUCACAGCAGGGCCUGCAGAGCUGUGGGUGUUGCGGCGCUGGCCCACGGCCGCCAUCUUUAUUACCUCUUUAACAUAAGCUGCCACCGAUGGUGGACCUGUGGGGCUUUACAGCCCUGUGCAGUGGGGCUUGCUUCCCUCUGUUGACUGUCCGUUUAGCUUUCUUAAGCUCGGUGCUGGUGCCUGGCUCUGGUGUGCUCAAGGCCGGGGCCGUCAGCCCUGCUCCUUUGGGCUUUGCCUAUGCCAUGCUGAUCUACAAGGCCCCCUUCCUGGCAGUGUCCCCAAUGCUUGCCAAGGUGACAGGCAGCCUGGGCUGGUCUGCCUCCUAGCACCUUUGUGCUCCCCCACCACAUGCCACUGCACAUAUCCCCCUUAGUGUCCUCCCUGAAGACACCGCGUCAAACCUUGCCAGUGCUCCAUGUCAAGGAUGUGAACCCAAACAGGGCCCGCCUGGUCCCGUUUGCCCCGGCAAAGCUCUGAAAAAGGCAAGACUUUGUUUCGCUGCAGCUGGUUUUAGUGGUGAGCUGCAGCUCUCGUGCUUCUUUGCUGCUGUUGUUUGGGGAACCUGUCACGUGGGAUGACACUGGUGUUGGUACUGGUGCUGGUGGCUGCAUGGCAAUGGGGGUUUGCAUCCCUGCCUCCCUCUGUACUCCCAGCCUCCUCGUGCAUCCUAGGGCAAGCAUCAUGAGGUCCCUAGGGCCUCCCACCCCCUUGCCGGGUGGUUGCUGAGGCCGGUGGUGUUGCCCAUGGGUGCCAGCCAUGCCACAGGAAGGCUGCUCUACCUCAUGCAGGGCCCCCAGGAGCUGGGGGAGGUCUCCCCUGCAUGCCGAGGGCUGCUGUGGCACAUGCGCCCGUUUGGCCUGCUCCUUCAGCUCACCAGGUUUGACACCUCUUGCCUGUCUGCCAUAUGCAAACCCUACCUGGCUACAAACACCACCCAGUCACCCUUGCUUAGUGCCACCAUAAGGCACUGUGUCAUAUCCCAGUGGAAGUGGCAGCCCCGCUGCCAGCCUGUCUGCCCUGUGUGCCUGCAAAGGAUGGUGCCGGGUGGACUGUCCAACUCUGGGACUUAUGACUUCUGGCCGUGGCAGGAGGCAGUGAUGGAUGGGCAGUGGUGCUCAGGCUGGAAAGUAAAGUGGCCUGAGUUGCAUCAAGCGUCCCUCAAACCCAUCAACUCUUCAAGGUGGGCAAGAGCCAGCAGAGCGUGACGAUGGGCAGCAUUUGCUGCAGUGACGCUUGCUAAGAGCUCUUGUCCCAGCUCUACGUGCUCCUGUCUCACUGCAGAGCCUCACCUUCUCUAGGGCUCUGAAGGAUGGCGUUGCGCAUGUGAUACCACCCCGUAAGAGUCACGAGGGCAUUGGUGUCCCAUCCCAAAUGUGGCUUAUGGCAGCCCAGCAGAGGAGGGGAUGGGUCAGGUCGGGAGCACCGUAUGCUCUGGGCCCCGGUGCUUGCCAUCAGGUCAUUGUAAAAUAACGAUGUACAUAUGUGGCCGCGUUGGCAAACAGCUGUGCUCGAGUGCAAUAAAGCGAGAAGGACUGGCCUGUU